AUGAUCUCCUCGAAUCAUUCAACCAAAAGUUCCGAUCAAGUGAUGAAUUCAGACUCGACACAAAUCUGUACCAUCACCUUCCCCAAUCAAAACACCUUCCAAAUGCCCAUUCCACACGUACCUCUCACAUCCGAUUCGUAUUGCCAAUCCUUCAACGUGGAUACUUGUUCCGAUGAAGAAAUUCAACAAUUCUUUUCCAAAUAUGGUUUCAUUGUGUUUGACAAUGUGUUGAACCAAGAUCAAGUCCAAGCGACCGUGAGCGAUAUCUUUGAUAUACUUGAAACCAAUACCAAUAAUCAAUUCCAACGUCAUGAUACUACGAAAUGGAAUAGUUGGCCAGAGAAUGCUUUGGAACAUUUCGGAAACGUUUCCAUACCAAGUAUCUUCUCGAGACAAUUUCUAAUGAAUCGACAGAACGAGAAAGUGGUGAAAGCCUUCUCUCGAGUAUUCCAAUUACCUGAAACGGAAUUAAUUGUGAGUCAUGAUCGAGCCUCCUUCUAUCGUCCUCCCAAAUUAAAUUCCAAAUACAAGACCAAAGCGAACUUACAUUUGGAUUGCAAUCCAGCAGAAGCCUUAGAUGAACCUGAGAAGGCCACAGUUUCCUACUCGGAAUUGAAUCGUUUGCAUUAUUCGAGUGGAAAGGGACAUUUCAUUACCGAGAAUAAUCAUAUAUGUACCAAACGUGAUGGUUUACAAGUUCAAGCCUUGAUCAAUUUGAAUGAUAACUUGAGUGAAGAUGGUGGUUUAAUUGUUGUCCCAGGUUUUCAUCAAUACUUUUCUCAAUUCUUUGAAUUAUCGGGUUUAGUGAAUGAUUUGGGUCGAGGUCGUCCCAGUUUUGCUUUCAAACCUCGAGAUCGAAUCACGGGUGAGAUUUAUCAAUUGGCUCAACGAAUUCCUUCCAAAGCUGGUUCAUUGAUUAUUUGGAAUCAAUUAUUAGCUCAUGGUUCUGCUCCUACGGACAUGCAGAAGAGUAAGGCUUCGUUCCGAAGUGCCAUGUAUUUACGAAUGUUUCCAAAAAGCAUGUUAUUGAGAGAAGGAGCUCAUCAUCGAAGAAAGAAUCGACGAGAGGCACUGAGAAAGAAGAUUCAUUUGUUGUAUUUGAAUGAGAGAAGACCUUUGGAAUUGUCGCCUUUGGGUCGUGCUGUGUUUGAUAUUGACGAUGAAGGGGCUUCAGUGAAUAGCGAAAAUUUGUUUGAUCCAACUCCUCCAUAUGCAGCUUCGUUAAAACCUUUGAGUUCAGAAAAGAAGUCAAAUGGUGGUGCCUCUAGCGAAGAUAAGUGA